AUGAAAUGGAAAGAGGACUACUCUUAUAUACAGAACUUAUACAAAGAGCUACUUGACAAUGAGGAAAUCUCGACUGACAUAAUAUAUAGAAAGAUAAACAGAUUGGAAAGCCAGAUUCGAAAAAAAACAGACAUUAUAAUCCGCCAAUUAAGCAUUCUUCAGAGAGAAGAGAAGGAGCUUGAAGAUAUUUUAGAAAGGAGUAUGCACUAA